AUGCCAAACCCGCCUCUAUCAAAAUGCUGGCCGGAUAUCCGACAGGCUCUCGAGCGGGCCCGAGAGUGUGAAGAUGGCCCCUUGGAUGCCUCCACCGCCGCCGUGCUAGAAAGUACCAUCACCGAACUCUGGAAUCGCAUUCAAUCCCAGCCCGAUACCUACGUCCUCAGCCCGGACGAGUUCGCCCUCUUUAACUACUUCCUCACAACGCGCUACCGCGGUUCCCCCGUCGCCCAGCGGGCUGUGGCUCGUUUCUGGGACAAUUAUCAACAAACCAGCAAUUGUGACGUCGCCAACUAG